AUGUCGAAUAUUAUACCCCCCUUGUUGAGUAAUUCGCCGCCCCCAAUUAUGGGGGCCCUAGAUGACGACGAGGACGAUGAUUUCGGUAAUUUUAGGGCUGCUCACGAUUUAUCUUACAGCUGUGAUAAUUUAUCAUUGCCUUCCUCCCCAUACCACUCUCCAGAUAAAGAAGACUCCCUGGACAUCAACAGAAAUAGCAGCAAGGACAAAAAAGAUUUUCACGAUCGUAGAAAAGAAUCUUUUAGUACAAAUGGUGAUUUUAGCGGUUUUACAGUUGACACGCCCCCACCUCUAAGUGCUAGUGACAUAGUGACUAAAACAAAUGAAAAAAGUGAACCUUACGAUGAGGCCUUUAAAAAUCACGAUAUUUCUGAUGAUACUGAAUGUAGUCUAGAUAAAAUAAACAUUGUAAAUAGUUUUGUGGAUGCUGAGCAAGAAAUUUGUGAUAGUAUUAGUUUAGGAGAUGAAAGUACAGAAAUUAGCAAAAAAAUUAACGAUGAGCUUUUAUUAAAUAACGUAAAAAAUUUAACUAUAGGAGAUGAUGUGAACAUUAGUCAAAUAAAAAUUGAUGAUUUUGGUGAAUUUUUAAAACCACCUGACAAUUUAAAAGAAGAAAUCAUAAAAAAUUAUGUUGAGAAACCUUUGAAAAGUGAAGAAAGUGAUUUAAGUAAAGAAGAGAAUCCUGCAAAAUUUGAAGUUUUAAAAAUUGAAGAAAAUUACGUCAAUGGAGUUGAUUUUGAUGAACCUGGUGAUGAUUUUGGGGAUUUUGAAGCUCCAAUUGAAGAAAUUACAAAAAUAGAAAACAUUGUUAAUGAUGAAGAAAACAAAGAAGAUUUAGAUAAAAUUGAAGAAAAACAUGAUAAUUUUGAAGAAUUCUCCAGUUUUGAAGAUGCAGAUGAUGCAAAUGAAGAUAAAAUGGUAACCAAUCAUGAAAUUAUUAAAGAUUGUACAAUUGAAAAUGAAACUGAAGAAAAUGAAGAUGAAUUUGGCGAUUUUGAAUGCAAUUUCAAAAAUGAAGAACCACAAAGUCAAAAAACCUAUGACGAUUUUGGAAAUUUUGAGGCACCGAAAAUUACAGAAGAAGAAGAUUUUGAUGACGAUUUCGGGGAUUUUGCUACCGCCUCUACCAGCAAAAAAGAAGAAACGGAAUUUGGGGAUUUCCCAAACGAAAAUUUCGGAAACUUCGCAAACUUCGAAGAAACAGAUUUCAGUUCUGUGACGAUGUUAACGUUGGAAAGGGAAAACGUUUUGGAAAAAUGCGAGUUGAUUUUGAAGGAGAUGUUUCCGGACUUUGAAAAGAAUCCCGAUACGGACCUUUUAAUAGACGAAAUCACCAAAGAUGAUGCCGUUUUUGAGGAAAUUAAAGACUUGACCGAAACUAACGCUUUGGAGUAUCAAUGGUCGAAAUCGACGAGUCAAAAAGUUUUACUGAAGUCGCUGAAUAUUGACACCAGAAAUAUUCUUCAUGGUUCCGCUUGGAACCCCUCUAUGCCAAGAUUUGCUGCGAAUCUCGGUUCCACACCUUUAGAACCGAUUAAACCGGAAGUGAUACGUCAACCAGCUACGAAACCUGUCGAAGUAAAUCUGGCAACACCGGGACCAGCUGCAAGUGCUGCCACCGCACCGGCAACGCUGGAAAUACCCUCGGCUCAAUUCGAUUGGACGGGCUCCGGACUGAUAAAUCCUCUCGAUUCUGCGACAGCUAAAGAAAAAGACUCGACUACAGGUCUAAAUGUUGCGGAAGUUCUGCAACCGAUCGCGACGCAACCGCCGACAAUUUCGACCAAUCGCAGCGAAGAUUUCGACGACUUUGACGAUUUUUCCUCGUACACUCCUCAACCGCAACAAAGUUGGUCCAACAUGGUACCGGUACCUCUACGCGAAACUCAUAUAUCGUCAUACGAGGGCGUGGAAAAAAAUGUAAAAGAUUUCGGCUGGUUGCAACCUACUAUAGUGACGCCGGAAAUGCCCCGCAAGGAAAUCGUCGAGGAAAAACCUACAGUAACGAUACCAAUUGAAAGUCAUGACGAUUUUGAUGUUUUCGGGGAGUUUGAGUCAGUUAAAGCAACUGAAGAACCUACUCCAUCGAAAAUCGAUCAAAUCGACGAUGAAGACGAUUUCACAGACUUCCACUCUUCAAUACCUGAACCUAAGCAACCUGUAGAAAAUAAAAUGCAACCUCCAGAAACCCUACAACCUAUUAGGCCAGCAGUUUUGCCUCUAGAACCUCUUAAACCUUCAAUAAUGACUCCGCAAAACCUGUCCACUCAAAUAAACUGGCCCGAUCCUGGUAUUUCCGAUGAGGAUCUUAAAAGGUUUGAGGUUAGCUUCAGCAAGGCUAUAGAUGUCGACGAAAAACCUAAAAUGACUUCUGUAGAGCAAAAACCACAAAAAGAAGACGAUGAGUGGUCUGACUUCGUCUCGGUCCAAAAACCGUCCCCUGUACACAAAUUCAACAAAAUCGAACGUUCCCCCACCCCAGACUUACCCCUCUCGGUUCUGACCCUGGGAAAUCUGCAACCCGCGAGACAACCAAUCCCGGUGGUCACCCCUCAAGGUUUAAUGCAGACUAAAAUAUCUACGCAAGCCUUGGACAACGACGAUUGGAGCGAUUUCGUGUCGAGUCCCCUCCCACAAACAAACGGUUGCCCGGACAACCGGCAGAAGACGAACAUCACGACCAAUCCGGCGCAUUUCGCUGCGCAGGGCAAAAGUGCGCACGUUCGCAUCUCGAGUAUCUCGGCGUUGCCGGAUUUGGAUUUCAGGGCCACCGGAAGUUGGAGCAACAACAGGAAAUGACGUAGGGGGCACGUUGUGAUGUAAACAUGUACAUAUUUUAUUGUUUUUUGUUUUGAUUUUUGGGUCGUUGACAUUUUUAUACGGUGUUGCCAAAUCAACAUUAUUCUUGACUGUAUUCAAUCAAAAAAAGCAAAUCUACUGAGUGAUAUUAUUUAUUGUUCUAUUUAAAAUAUUCCUGUUUUUAAAAGUAUUAAUAUUUAAUUAUUAUUGUGUACUUAACGAGAAAAUAUUGUUUUACUGUAUAUUUUAAAAAUGUUGUCCAUGUACAUAAACUAUUUAACAUUCCAUUUUAUUUUAGGUAAAUAAAUUUAUUUACCACUA